UUCAUUCACCCGCCAACUGCGCAGGUCCUAGUCGCUCAUUUUGCAUAUCCCAUUCCCUUUGAUUCGACGUCCACGGAGGGAGACAUCCAGCCAUGGUACGUCUCGACUGGGCUGCCGUGCUUCUGGCCGCCACGGCCGUUGCGAAGGCCGUCACCCCUCACACGCCGUCAUUCGUUCCUGGAGCGUACAUUGUCGAGUAUGAGGAGGAUCAGGACUCCCAUGCAUUCGUCAACAAGCUGGGAGGCAAGGCGUCGCUCCGGAAGGACCUGCGCUUCAAGCUCUUCAAGGGCGCGUCUAUCCAGUUCAAGGACACCGAGACUGCCGACCAGAUGGUUGCCAAGGUGGCAGAAAUGCCAAAGGUCAAAGCCGUCUAUCCGGUCCGGCGCUAUCCCGUCCCGAACCAUGUUGUUCACUCCACGGGCAACGUGGCGGACGAAGUUCUGGUCAAGCGGCAGGCGGCCGGCAACGACACGUUCUCGACUCACUUGAUGACGCAGGUGAACAAGUUCAGGGACGCGGGCAUCACUGGAAAGGGCAUCAAGAUUGCCGUCAUUGACACUGGUAUCGACUAUCUCCAUGAGGCGCUCGGCGGCUGCUUCGGGCCCGACUGUUUGGUCUCGUACGGCACGGACUUGGUCGGAGACGACUUCAACGGCUCCAACACCCCCAAGCCCGACCCCGACCCUAUUGACAACUGCCAGGGCCACGGCACGCACGUCGCCGGCAUCAUUGCGGCGCAGACCAACAACCCGUUUGGCAUCAUUGGCGCCGCUACCGAUGUCACCCUGGGCGCGUACCGCGUCUUUGGCUGCAACGGCGACACCCCCAACGACGUCCUGAUUGCCGCCUACAACAUGGCCUACGAAGCCGGCAGUGACAUCAUCACGGCCUCCAUCGGUGGGCCCUCGGGAUGGAGCGAGGACCCGUGGGCUGCCGUCGUCACGCGAAUCGUCGAGAACGGUGUCCCUUGCGUGGUCUCCGCCGGCAACGACGGCGACGCGGGCAUCUUCUACGCGUCCACUGCCGCCAACGGCAAGAAGGUUACCGCCAUUGCGUCCGUCGACAACAUCGUCACGCCCGCGCUGCUCAGCAACGCGUCGUACACGCUCAACGGCACGGAUGAUUUCUUUGGCUUCACGGCCGGAGACCCGGGUUCCUGGGACGAUGUGAACCUGCCUCUCUGGGCCGUCAGCUUCGACACGACCGACCCUGCCAACGGAUGCAAUCCCUAUCCCGACUCGACUCCGGACCUGUCUGGCUACAUCGUCCUGAUCCGCCGCGGUACUUGCACGUUCGUGGAGAAGGCUUCAUAUGCGGCGGCCAAGGGAGCCAAGUACGUCAUGUUCUAUAACAACGUGCAACAAGGGACCGUCACCGUGUCGGCAGCUGAGGCAAAGGGUAUCGAGGGCGUGGCUAUGGUGACGGCUCAGCAGGGCGAGGCGUGGGUUCGUGCUCUGGAGGCGGGGUCGGAGGUGGUUCUGCACAUGAAGGACCCCCUGAAGGCGGGUAAGUUCCUCACUACGACGCCCAACACCGCUACGGGAGGUUUCAUGAGCGACUACACCAGCUGGGGACCGACCUGGGAGGUCGAGGUGAAGCCCCAGUUCGGAACCCCCGGAGGCUCGAUCCUGUCGACGUACCCCCGCGCUCUUGGUUCCUACGCCGUGCUCUCGGGAACCUCCAUGGCGUGCCCCUUGGCCGCGGCCAUCUACGCGCUCCUGAUCAACACCAGGGGGACCAAGGACCCCAAGACGCUCGAGAACCUCAUCUCGUCGACCGCGCGCCCGAACCUCUUCCGUCUGAACGGAGAGUCCCUCCCGCUCCUCGCGCCGGUGCCGCAACAGGGAGGCGGCAUAGUCCAGGCGUGGGAUGCGGCCCAGGCGACCACGCUCCUCAGCGUGUCGAGCCUCUCGUUCAACGACACGGACCACUUCAAGCCCGUGCAGACCUUCACCAUCACCAACACGGGCAAGAAGGCCGUCACCUACUCGCUGAGCAACGUCGGUGCCGCGACGGCCUACACCUUUGCGGACGCGAAGUCGAUUGAGCCGGCGCCGUUCCCGAACGAGCUGACGGCCGACUUCGCCUCCCUGACGUUCGUCCCCAAGCGCCUCACCAUCCCCGCCGGCAAGCGCCAGACCGUCACCGUGAUCGCGAAGCCUUCGGAGGGCGUGGACGCCAAGCGGCUCCCCGUCUACUCGGGCUACAUCGCCAUCAACGGGUCGGACAGCUCAGCCCUGUCUCUGCCGUACCUGGGCGUGGUGGGCAGCCUGCACUCGGCCGUCGUGCUCGACUCGAACGGCGCCCGGAUCAGCCUCGCCAGCGACGACACCAAUAAGCCCCUGCCGGCCAACACCAGCUUCGUGCUGCCGCCCGCCGGCUUCCCCAACGACACGUCGUACGCCAACAGCACCGACCUGCCCAAGCUGGUCGUCGACCUCGCCAUGGGUUCGGCCCUGCUGCGGGCCGACGUCGUGCCGCUCUCCGGGGGCGCGGCGACGGCGACGGCGCGCCUCACGCGGACCGUCUUCGGCACGCGCACGAUCGGGCAGCCGUACGGCCUCCCCGCGCGCUACAACCCGCGGGGCACGUUCGAGUACGCCUGGGACGGCAGGCUCGACGACGGCUCGUACGCGCCGGCGGGGCGGUACCGGUUCGCGGUCAAGGCGCUGCGCAUCUUUGGCGACGCGAAGCGCGCGCGCGAGUACGACGCGGCCGAGACGGUCGAGUUCAACAUCGAGUACCUGCCGGGUCCGUCGGCCAAGUUCAGGAGGAGGCUGUUUUAGGGAGGAAGAGAAACAUGGGAUGGAUCGGGUUGGGGAGGGCGCGGGAGAGGAGAGGAAACACGGGCGGUAGGUAUGUACAUACAGAGUACACUACACUACUGACCGGGGAAGCAGGAAGGGCGAGAGGA